UCCGGACACUUUUUUCGAAUCAAAACAUCCGAAUCCGCUAACCCUACUUCUUUAAACACUCCUAGCUCGCUCAGGCUUUACCAACAUUUUUUCUUUAAUUUUUUGAAGUUUCCGCCUUCCGUCACUCACUUUUUUUUUGUUCUCUUCUUCAAAAACACUUAUCCUCUCUCUUCAAAAACUUUUUUCUCAACAAACAAAACUCCUUUAAAAUCUCUCAAACAAACAAAAAAUUUUUUUGCCAAUUGUCCACCUUCAUUUGUCCUUCGCCUAGUUUUUUUUCUUUUUUUUUCCGUCUGUAGUGUCGCUCUAACGCACAAAUCGGUGAAUUUUAUUUUUUAAAAUUUUCUAUGUAUUUGUAAAAUAUUUUAAUUUAUUUUUUCUCAAGUUUUUUUACUUUUCAAGUUCUGUCCAAUUUCUAUAAAAUUGAAAUGUUUCUUGGUGCCGUUUUAAUUUUUGGGGGUUCCCCUGUUAUGUUUUCCAUAAACCAAUAUCGGAACAAUCGUUGUUCCAAGUUGUUCCAAAUGUCUGGAAUCGAAAAAUACUUGUUCCUAUACCGUAUUUACUCGAUUAAUUCCCCUCCCUCGAAUAAUUCCCCCUGCUACGGAUGAGUCGAAACAAUAAUCCCCCUCUCCCAAAUACCCUACUACACGUUCAAAUUUCAAAACUCGAAUAAUUCCCCUCCCUCGAAUAAUUCCCCAUGCUACGGAUGGGUUGAAAAAAUAAUUCCCCAGCGAAAUUAAUCGAGUAAAUACGGUAAUUGCUUAACAAUCUUUGGGUAAGGGGAAGACUUCCCGUAGCAAAAAGUUUUUCAACUCCAGUGGCAUCCGUGGUGUAGUGGUUAAUAUGCCAGACCUUCGCACACCUCUUCCUUUCUGAUAGCCCAGGUUCGAUGCCUAGCGGCGUAUAUUGGUUGCUUUUAGUCUUAGUGUCUUAUAAACACCUUGUUUUUUUAAUUUCAAUUUCCUUCUCUUCAUUUUAAAUUUUCUCUUCCAUCAAACAAUCAUCUCUUCCUUUGUGUCCUUUUAUUGUUGUUAUUUUCUUUUCCAUUUUUGUCUCCAAUUUUUUCUUUUCACCUUCGCGCGCCGGCUGGCACUAACACUUCUUUUUGACCUUACUUUUACGAAGCGAAAUCGCGGAAUUCUCCCAAAACUUUUUUCUAUUGCGCGUACGGCCUUUUUUCUACUCCCUUUCAU